CGCGUGCGAGCGGUCGCAAGCGCUGCGAUGAGCGACGACGAAGCCGAGUUUGACUUCUCGAAGAAGAAGAAGGCGCGCCGCCCCCGCCAGCCCGCUCCUUCCCGCAGCCGCAAACCGCUGCGUGCUGAACUGGUGGCUGGUGGUUGCGUAUCGUCCCGCAGAAGAAGAAGCCCAAGGAGGAGGAGGCCGAGGCACCCGCGCCGCCGCCGGCGGACGAGGACGACGACGAUGACCUGGACUUCACCAAGAAGAAGAAGAAGAAGAAGCCGAAGGAGGCGGAGGAGGCGCCUCCCGCGGACGAGGACGACGACGACGACGAUCUGGAUUUCACCAAGAAGAAGAAGAAGAAGAAGCCCAAGGAGGAGGCUUCCCCUCCGGGCGAGGGGGAGGGCGAGGAGGAUGGCGAGAGCGAUGACGACCCAGGCGGUGACGACGACGAGGAGGAGGGCGACUUCGUCUCCAUCCCGCGGGACCGCGAGUACAAGUACGAGGAGCUGCUCGACCGGAUGUACUCGCUGCUGGUGGCCAACAACCCCGAGCUCGCCGGAGAUCGCAAGCGCUUCCUCAUGAAGCCGCCGCAGGUGGUGCGGGAAGGCUCGAAGCGCGUGGUCAUCAUCAACUUUGGCGACAUUUGCAAGACGCUGAACCGGUCGCAGGACCACGUCUUCGCCUUCAUGCUCGCCGAGAUGGGCACCACCGGCUCGAUCGACGCGUCCAGCCGGAUGGUGAUCAAGGGACGGUUCCCGCCCAAGGCCAUCGAGCAGAUCAUCCGCCGGUACGUGGUGGAGUACGUCUCGUGCUCGUCUUGCAAAUCGCCAAACACGGGGCUGCAAAAGUCCAACCGGCUCUACUUCAUGCAGUGCAACAAUUGCGGCGCGCGCCGGUCGGUCACUCCGAUCAAGACGGGCUUCGUCGCAAUCUCGAGGGGCGCCCGCCGCGCCAAACGCGCCGCGUAGAGAGGUCUGGGAGAGCGCGAGAGAGCCCCGGCCGAGACUUUCGGCCCGCGGCAAGCGCCUUCCGAGUCCGCGCCGCGUGCGACGUGCACUUUAAAUAAAUAAAUAAAAUGGG